CCUUACUCCGCUGCCGGACGCGUGUGAUCUGGAUCAUGGACCUGGUCUUUCAGUUAGUCCGUCACGGUCUUUUUCUCUAACUCUCCACUCCCCCUGCGGAACCCCAGCAUGCUUCUGCCGGUUAACGAGUCCCACGGCUGGGCUGAACUCCUGGUGUCCAACCGGUCCGAGGCAGCGGGCGGCGUCGGCGGCACAGCGCAGGGCGGCGGGUCCGGGCCGGAGGCGUUGAUCGUGCCGGUGGUGUUCGGGCUGAUCUUCACGGUUGGGAUGGUGGGGAACUCUCUGGUAAUAGUGGUAAUCGGGAAGGCGAGGCACAGCAGCGGAGGGGGUGGUGGUGGGGGAGGAAUGAUGAAGCGCUCAGACAGCCCGACCAACAUCUUCAUCCUGAACCUGAGUAUUGCGGACCUCAGCUUCCUCCUCUUCUGCGUCCCCUUCCAGGCAACCAUCUAUUCUCUGCCGGAGUGGGUUUUCGGAGCCUUCCUCUGUAAGUUCGGACACUACUUCGCGACUGUCAGCAUGCUGGUCAGCAUCUUCACGCUGGUCGCCAUGUCCGUGGACCGCUACAUCGCCGUGGUGCACUCCAAGAAGUCUCCGUGCGUCCGGAGCCGCAGGAACGCGCUGGCAGGGGUGGGCGCCAUCUGGACGCUGUCUCUGGUGUGCUCGGUGCCGGUGGCCCAGCACCAGAUCCUAACCGAUCACCCUACCGCCCCCAACAGCACCUUCUGCUGGGAGAAGUGGUCCGGAGCCUCCAAACACACCUACAAGGUGACUAUUCUGCUGAUCGGAUACCUGCUGCCGCUGCUGCUCAUCAGCUGCUGCUACACCAAGGUUUUAUUUCAUCUUCAUAAAAAAAUGAAGAACAUGUCAAAGAAAUCUGAGCGCUCCAAAAGAAAGACGGCUCAGACGGUCCUUCUGGUCGUCACCGCAUUCACCAUCUGCUGGAUGCCCCACCACAUCAUCGCCAUGUGGGUGGAGUUUGGCACCUUCCCCCUGAACGACACUUCCUUCGCCUUUCGUAUCAUCUCCCACUGCCUGUCCUACGGAAACUCCUGUGUUAACCCUGUCCUCUAUGCCUUCCUGUCCGAGAACUUCCGUAAGGCCUGCCGCCAGGUCUUCACCUGCCGCUUCCUGUACCCGCCGCCACCCCAGGGCAAGGUGGUUCGUUUCCGCAUGGAGAACUUCUCCACCACGCUCUCCACCAGCAACAUAUAAAGGACUUGGGGGUGUGAUCGGAUAAAUUACAAGAACAGAGUGAUUUCCCUCAACAGGAAACAUGAGGUAGGGCUGCGUCUGAACAGAUCAGAGGCUGACGGAGGAGUUUUCUCUUCAGCAGGAGGUGGGUCACAUGACAGCAGAACAGCGCGAUUGACUGAGGACUGCUUCUGUGGGUCCUCUUCUGGGUGUAGAGGAGCAGAAGAUGGAGGUUGGUAAUAAGUGAAACAGAAACAGAAAACUGCAGGACUCAUAAUCUCAAAAAAAUCAGCCUCGUUUUCAGUUUUUCAAUCCUGCUGUUUUUGUCAUACAUUUAAAGUCAGGUUGAUAUUAAAAGUAAUUUUUUCUAAAAAUCAGUCUAAGAGAAGUUUUAUCGUCUUCUGAGAAUUUGAAAAGUAAGCACAGUAACUGCAGUAUCAUUUAAGCUUAUAUUUUCUUACACAGAAAGUGGAAAGAAUUGAAACUUUGAUUGAAACUUUUCUUUUUGCUUCAAGGUAGAAUUUUCCCAAAUCAUAAAUAUAAACAUCAGCUUUAAUCCUUUAGUUGAGUUAGAAAUAUAAAACCACCAAACAUGGUACAGUACAGUACAUGUGGGGGGGCAGUAUUUGUUUUACUUUAUUUCUUUUACUUUAUAACUUAUAACUCCUGAAUCAUAAACCAAUAUCUGAUCAUGUUGUGGUUCAGAUUCUAGAUUUAUAGGUUUAAUCAAUAAUUGUGUAAGUGGAUAGAAUCUUUUUUUUUUGUAGAUUUCUUUAUUUUGUUUAGUCAGCGCUCAGUAAACUGUAAAAAACUACAUGAAGUUUUAUAUAAUUAUUUGUUGAAUAUAUCACCUGUUUGAUUCAAAUUACGGACUUUCAGUAUUUUUCGGUCAUUGUGUUGCAGUUGAUGAAGUUAUUCAAACUUAAGAGUUAAUUAAUGAAUCUCCUGUUCAGUCAGGUUUGGCCGUUCACAGUCAGGACUCAGUAUUUCUCAAUACUUUUAUUUUACAGCUUAAAUAAACCUUGUUAGAACAGAAAAAAGCUUCAUUUCAAACCGUGAACUGUCAGAAAUGAGCACUUUAUACCACAGAGAAUAUUUGUAAAGAUGAAUGUAUUUGCAUGACCGAUGAUAAACUGAUCACAGAACAAGUCCAUAUUACCACCAUUCCACUGAUUGUUUGACUUAUUCAUACCGUGAUCUACAUUUAAAUCCCUGUAUGAUAUGUUUUUAUGUGUGUGGUUACAAAUGUGUGAAGGUUUCUUUGUGAAUGAAACAUUAAACGAAAUUA